AAAUAGAAACGAGCGAAGUACUUGAGAUAAAAAUAUCAGAUUCUGUGCAAGAAUUACAAAAAAAUAAUUUAACACAGAAUCAACAAAGUUUCUCAAGAAAUAUGACUGACAACAAAGAAAAAAUUCUGGAAAUACAAGAAGAGAAAUCGGAAGAACAAGAAAAUGAAUCAAAAUCUGAAAGUGUCAUAACGACACCAGUAAAAGAUGCUGCGGAAGCAGCAGCCGAGAUAACUGAAGAUGUCUAUAAAGACAAGGAAGAUAAAAUCGAAGAUAAAGCCGAGAGUGAUUUUCAAGAUGAAGAAAUACCAGAAGAACCAGAAAUUCUUUUCACUGAUAAAGCAAUCGAAGAAUUAAAAAAAAUAGAUAAGAUGUGCAUUACACUGGCUGAUGAAAUUCAAGAAUUAAAGAACGAAAUAGUAGAAUUCUCAGAGAAGCCUGAAUUAACAAAACAUGACGGAUUUAUGAUUCUAGAAAAACAAACUCUUUUUAUGCUCAAACUCGAAGAACUUGAUGGCUUGACGCAAAUGUUGCAUGAGACGCGUCAAGAAAUGCUUAGAGAAAUGGAAAAUUUAAAAUUAGAUAUUGUAGAAAAAAAAGAAGACGUUGAGAAAGAAGAAAGAGAUAUAGAACCGUUCCAAAAACUUUUAGAGGAAGAUAUUCCACGAGUGGAAUAUCCCGAAAAUAAACUUCCAAGAGUAAUUGUCUGCGGCUACACAGAAACUGAUCUGCCAAAAAUUGUGUUAGCAAAUAAUGAACAAAAAGAAAGAGAAAAAUGUUUAGAAAAGUUAACUGAUAAAUUAACAGAAUCGUUAACGAUGCAAGAAAAACUGGUUGAAGAAAAUGUGCAACUCGAAGGUGGCAAAUACAAGCUAGAACAAGCUUUAUUAGAGAAAGAUACGGCCGUUGAAAGUUUGCAGAAGAAGGUAUGUGACUUGCAAACAGAAGUGCGCAUAAUUGUCAAAGAAAAUAAAGUUUUGAAACAAACUGUGGCUAGUUUGAAUCAGCGAGCAAGUAAAUCUACUUGCUCUUACACCUGUCCGGGUGUCAUUUCAUCUUGUCCGUCAACACCGUUGACAUCACCGCGUCUGUAUGUCAGCGCGCAGCCUCGGGACGAACGCCAAUGUCCUCAGUCACAGAUUGCUGGUACUUCGUCACCACCAAAAACUGUAUACUGCUCCCCGCGACUUACAGGAGGUGGAUCGAAAACAGAAGAUCAACGUAACAUAGACGACAACACUUCAGAAAAUAAAGAAAUGUAUUCCCGAAGUCCAGUCGUUGUUAAGCCUAUGAUUUCCGAAGGAAUAUGUCCUGCGGAAUUGGAAGAUAAACUCGUUUCUUGCAGCACGAGUACUAAACAGUUGAAACAACAAUUAGAUACUAUGGAGAGUAAAGUACACACCAUGCAGAUGGAAUUAGCGAACGUACAACGGGAGCGACAGCAACUGCACCAACAACGUAAAUUGCUUAAAUGCACAGGACCUUGUGCACCUUGCACUUGUUGCCCUCCGUCUUCGACAAUUACACCAGGGCUUCCUGUAACGUCUAUUUCGUCGAAAGUGCCUGUACCAGCGGGAGCUAUUCAGGUUACAGCUCCGAUCGGUUCCAAUUCUUUUACAAACGGGACUAUGGGUCCUUCAAUUCAGCAACAAUUAAGCGAUCUUCGCGAACAGUAUGCUCGACUUCAAGAUGAUUACAAGAGCAAAUUGUGCGAAGUAUCGUGCAUGCGAACAGAAGCGGAAAAGUUGAAACAGGAGUCACGCGACGCGAAUGAAGAGAAAGAACGAAUGGAGAUAAAAUUGAUAGAUGCUCAAGAACGAUUAAAGCUACUAGAAACUGAGAAGAACAAAUAUGAAGGUCUUAAGGAACAACUAAUUGAACAGGAACAGGCUUUAAUUGUAGCAAAACAACGUUUCCGAGAAUCACAAGAUGAGCUAGAAGAACUUCGUUCUUUGAUUCAAGACCAAGCUGCACAAUUGGAGAGCUAUCGCAAUAAAUACUUGCAAGCUCAAGAACAAGUUGAAGAACAGCGGAGACAGCUAGAUCUUAUGGAAAUGGAUAAUGCGCGAAUGAACGAGAAUGUUACUUUGGAGAUUGGACGUGUUAAAAAUCAGUUCCAAGAGAAAUUAGCCGAACUUGCGCCAUUGCCCGAUAUGUUGAAACAAAUGCAAAUGAAGAUGCAAGAGGCGCAGCAGAUGCGCUUAGUUGCCGAGAGGAACUGUGAGGAUUUGUCACGGGAAUUAUUGGGGUGUAAAGACCAAAUUCAAAGCUUACAAAAUGAAUUAGACGUGUUGCGUACUGAACAUCUGACGUUUCAGAAUGAAAAGGAAAAAGGAUCUACUCAAGUUGAUGAAAUAGAAAAAAAGUGCAGCGAAUUGCGACAUGAAAAUGAAAGACUGAAAAACACAUUGACACGAAGUGAAGAACACAGAGCGCAAUUGCAAAAGAGCAUUGACGAGAAAAUGCACGAGAAUGUGCAGUUAUCCUCGAUGUUGGAGCAGAUAAGGGAAGAUUCGGCUCGACAAGUAGUGAGAACGAAAGAACGAUGUGAAACUAUGCGAAAAACGAUGCAGGGUCAGAUCGCCGAGAUGGAAAGACAAUUGGCACAGUGCAGAGCAACUGCGAGAGCUGCUCAACGAGAUAGAGAUGAGAUCCGACAAAAGAUGCAAAGUCAAAUAAAUAACUUGAAUGAAGCGUUUAAACACGCGCAAGGUCGCAUAAAAUCCUUGCAAGGUCACGUGAACUAUCUGAAGACUUCUUACAGCAAUAUCUUCAUCGGCCAAGGAGAGACGCCGACAACUGCUCUGGCAAGCGUUUUACCAGAUGAUUCGUGCGAUUGUAAUUAUUAAAGAUAUAUACAAUUGUCUUUCAAUAACGGUAUAUGUAUUUUUGAUAAAAACAACGAAAUUGAAGAGUAAAUUAUUUGACGUCACCUUUGUAUUGCGCGUGUGUAUAUUUCAAAUAUUAUAAUAUUCUGACAAAGUUGAUUGAGAUAAAUAUUAUAUAGAUGUAUU